GCACUCUGACAUAGUCCUGGCUUAUCUUGACAGUCAACAUGGGAUCCUUCUACAGAUUUGUACUUUUGUCGUCCAUGGUAUCAGCCAUCACUAGCCAGUCCUGCCCAGGAGGAUGGUACCAUCAUGCGACAUCUUGUUAUGCUUUCAUUGAUGCCGAACCACUAGGCUGGACAGAGGCAAUGUUUUAUUGCAGUACCCUUCAUGCAAAAUUAGUUGAAAUAGAGAGUGCAUCUGAAAACAGCUUCCUGAAAAACCAUUUGUUUUCUGCUAAAACUAAUGGUACCUACUGGAUAGGUCUGACGGAUGCGUUGGUAGAAGGGAAGUUUUUGUGGCAGACGACCCAAGAUGACGUAGAUUUUGUAGACUGGGCUCCAAAUGAACCAAACGAUUUCCAUCAUGUCCAUAUGGUAACAGAAGAUUGUGCCAGCCUCUACUUCCCCUACCACUACCAGUGGAACGAUUCACCCUGCUCCACUAAAAACGAUUUCAUCUGUGAAAAAGUAACUGCUUCUAAUCCAAACAUUAUAGGAUGAGCCCUGAAUUGAAAACAAUAAAAUUUAGUUUUUCUGGAAUAAAUUUGUUUUAUUCAACACCGUAGAUGUAACUUUG